AUGGGUAGGAGUCAAGAAAAAACACAGGAAGAAGACCAAUUGACAAGAUCACCAAAGAAAGAAGGCGAUACAAGCAAGGAAGAAAAGGUAACUGCUGGCCAGACUGAAACGUCACCUGAACGGGUAUCCAAUAUUGGUGGCCAAGGGGGUUCGCAAUUGCCCGAAUUGCCAGAAAAACAACAAGAACAACAACAAGAACAACAACAAGGUGCAGCCACUCAGGAUUCCCACACUCCAACAAAUACGGUGGACACAACAAAAGGGACAGGAAGUACUGACAGUAACAGAACUUCUGUUGCUCCAACUGAGAAAACAUCUGAAACUUCUCCCAACAAUUCCGAAGUAAAGAAUCCUGACGGUUCUGAUGCUGCAAAUACUGAGAGUGACGUUACCUCUUCAGGGAGUGUGUCAUCAAACAACCAAGAAGGUGAUGCGGUAAUUGAAGAUACCACCACUACUACCACCACCACCACCACCACAGCAACACUUCCUCCUGAACUCACAAACAACAAGAUGGGUGAUGCAGACAGCAGCAGCAGUAUGAGCAGUUCUGUGUGGAUGCGUGUACCACUACUGAUUGUGGUUACACUGGCCUGUAUUCUUGUGUGCUGA